GAUUCUCGGGCGGAAGUGGCCGGACCGGCGGUCCUAGGAGGCAGAGUCGGGUCCCGGAAUCUGCACAGUGGAGCCUGCCGUAGGGACGGACCCAACUCCUCCUCGUAUUGCGUCAGGUCGCCAUGAAGGACUCGCUGGUGCUGCUGGGCCGUGUCCCGGCGCACCCGGACUCGCGCUGCUGGUUCCUGGCCUGGAACCCCACGGGAACCCUGCUAGCCUCGUGCGGGGGCGACCGUAGAGUCCGCAUCUGGGGCACCGAGGGUGACAACUGGAUCUGCAAAUCUGUCCUUUCUGAAGGCCACCAGCGCACUGUGCGGAAGGUGGCCUGGUCUCCCUGCGGCAAUUACCUGGCCUCUGCCAGUUUUGAUGCCACCACUUGUAUUUGGAAGAAGAAUCAGGAUGACUUUGAGUGUGUGACCACUCUGGAAGGCCAUGAAAAUGAGGUCAAGUCAGUGGCCUGGGCCCCAUCUGGCAACCUCCUUGCUACCUGCAGCCGAGAUAAGAGUGUGUGGGUCUGGGAAGUUGACGAAGAAGAUGAGUAUGAAUGUGUCAGUGUCCUCAAUUCCCAUACGCAGGAUGUCAAGCAUGUGGUCUGGCACCCAAGCCAGGAGCUGUUAGCCUCUGCCAGCUAUGAUGACACGGUGAAGCUAUACCGGGAGGAAGAGGACGACUGGGUAUGCUGUGCCACCCUUGAGGGUCAUGAAUCCACUGUGUGGAGCUUGGCCUUUGACCCCAGUGGCCAGCGUCUGGCGUCUUGCAGUGAUGACCGUACCGUGCGCAUCUGGCGCCAGUACCUACCAGGCAAUGAGCAAGGGGUGGUGUGCAGCGGCUCUGACCCCAGCUGGAAAUGUAUCUGCACUUUGUCAGGCUUCCACUCCAGGACCAUCUACGACAUUGCUUGGUGUUCGCUGACAGGGGCCCUGGCUACAGCUUGUGGGGACGAUGCCAUCCGAGUGUUUGAGGAGGACCCCGGCUCAGAUCCGCAGCAGCCCACCUUCUCCCUGACAGCGCACUUGCCUCAGGCCCACUCCCAGGAUGUCAACUGUGUAGCCUGGAACCCCAAGGAGCGGGGGCUUCUGGCCUCCUGCAGUGAUGAUGGGGAGAUGGCCUUCUGGAAGUAUCAGCGGCUUGAAGGCCUCUGAGCCACCUUGACUUUGGACAGAAUUAUGGUUCCCCUCAAAAUGUCAUUAAGACUUUUCUAGCUCAAGAAGACCUGGAAGAGCAGCCUGGCCUUCCUUUAACUUGGCUCUCCCGUUCAGAUCUGGGUAGACAUACGGAGCCAUAGGACUACUCACUCCUUCCCAUGCUGACAUGGGCCCUUGGUGAACUGCAGAAGAACAGUACCUUGUAGUUAUGCCACGGAUUUUGCUUCCCUUCAGGACACAGUGCUAAAGUUUGCAGGGUGAAUGUACUACUUAUAAUCACCGUGUUUAUAUAUCAGAGGCAUGUAUCUCAGACCUUUCUGAAAUUGUAAGCCAUAUAGAAAUAAUCCAUCUGAGUCCCAAGUCCUA